GAGGCAGACCUGGUUACAACACAUGAACUCGGUCAUAACUUUGGAGCAGAGCAUGAUCCUGAUAGCCUGCCAGAAUGUGCCCCCACCGAAGACCAGGGAGGGAAAUACGUGAUGUAUCCAAUUGCUGUCAGCGGAGAUCAUGAAAACAACAAGAUGUUCUCAAGCUGCAGCAAAAAAUCCAUCCAUAGGACCAUAGAGAUCAAGGCCCAGCAGUGCUUCAAGGAGCGCAACAACAAAGUGUGUGGGAACUCCAGGGUGGACGAAGGGGAGGAAUGCGACCCCGGCCUCUUGUAUCAACAGGCUGAUCCCUGCUGCUCUGCAGACUGUAAACUGAAAGACGGUGCCAAAUGCAGUGAUCGGAACAGUCCCUGCUGUAAAGGCUGCCAGUUUGAAAGUGCACAAAAGAAAUGCCAAGAAGCCAUAAAUGCCACUUGUAAAGGAGAGUCUUUUUGCACUGGGAACAGCAGCGAGUGCCCCCCUCCCGGGAACGCGCCGGACGACACGGUCUGCGUGGACAUGGGGAAGUGCAAAGAUGGAGAGUGCGUCCCAUUCUGCGAGAGGGAGAAGAACCUACGGUCGUGUGCGUGCAAUGAAACAGAUAACUCCUGCAAGGUGUGCUGCCGGGACGAGCAGGAUCGGUGCGUACCGUAUGUCGACGCUAACGACCAGUUCCUGUUCCUGCGCAAGGGGAAGCCUUGCACCGUGGGCUUCUGUGACACAAACGGCAAAUGCGAGAAGCAAGUACAGGAUGUGAUUGAACGAUUUUGGGAUUUCAUAGACCAACUCAGCAUCAACACUUUUGGGAAGUUUCUCGCGGAUAACAUAGUGGGCUCCGUGCUUGUCUUCUCCUUACUUUUUUGGAUUCCUCUCAGCAUCCUUGUGCACUGUGUGGACAAGAAAUUGGACAAGCAGUACGAGGAGAACACAAAGUCCCUGUUUUGCCCCAGUAACGUGGAGAUGCUCAGCAGCCUGGACUCGG